AUGUCCAGUUUUAACUCUAACAAGAAACCUUGUCGUAGGACCCCGGCUGUCAGCUUCAGCAGUGGGGGAUGGGCAAGUCUUCCAACGCUCGUCUUUUUAAUUCUGGAUAAGUUAUUAGAACCCAUUGACCAUGUUGGUUUUGCUGCCGUUUGCAAGCAAUGGCGUUCUGAAGGAAUAAUCCACAACCGAGGAAAGGUGUUGCACAACAUUUCUGAAGGAAUAAUCCACAACAAUAUUGAAUUGCAAGUGCCUUUUAGUAAGAGGAGGUAUGGUUUUAGCCAUGGUUGGUUGGCCACAGUAGAUCCAACAACAUACCAAAGUCUGAUCAUAGCACUCAGUAACCCUUUCACUAAAGCAAAGCCCAUUCUUCUCCCUCCCCUUAUAGGCCGUGUCAGAGAACAUGAAGGCUCCUACUACGAGCAUUAUGUUCGUAAGAUUAUCUUGUCCACUCAUCUGUAG